AUGAAAGAGUCAAAAUGCGAUAUAAAGUCGACGGAUCAGCGCGGAGGCGUUACAGAGCUUCUCAACGAGCGACCGAAAUGGAGGCAUCUCUUUGCUUUUACGACAAAACACCAUCUCUACUAUCUCGGUGGCGCGGGUCUAUCCUCAGCGGGAGCUGCCGCUCUCCGCACCACCCUCGCGGUUAUUCUGGGACGCGUAUUCGAUAUUGUCGCUGCUGUUGGAAAUGACCAAAUUACAGGAUCAGCAGCCUUAUCUCAGGUGUCACGAUAUUGCAUCAUACUCGUUGCUCUCGGUGGCGCGCAAUGGAUCAUCAACUCGGCAUUCUUGGCUCUCUGGGCCAUCUUCGGCGAGUUACAGGCCAACAAUAUACGGCAGUCUCUUUUUUCCGGGCUCAUCAAGAUGGAACGAGCUUGGAUUGACUCCCUGCCUCAUGGUACUACUGGCUUGGUCGCCUCAAUCCAACGGAGAAUACACGAAAUCCAAGUCGCCACAUCUCAGGUCCUUGGUUAUCUCACCGCAGAUAUUCUUACCGCGAUCACUUCGCUGGCCGUUGCAUUUUAUACCUCGUGGAAGCUGACUCUCGUCCUGCUCGCUACAUUACCGCUGUCUCUCGUCGUGCUAACACUGACGAGCCGAAGAAUCCAACCAGCCAUUGCAAAACAAACAUCCCACCUAGACUCGGCCUCGAAAAUGCUCGCCGCAUCACUAGGCGGCAUUGAUCUCGUCAAGCUCUACAACGGUUACGCCUGCGAAACUCAAAAGUACAUGAGACAGAUCGACCGCGCUGCCGAGCAAUAUCGCCUCCAGGCCCGAUUUAAUUCCGUUCAAAUCGGAUACACCGGUUUCUGGGCUGUGUGCAUGUUUGUCAUCGGAUUCUGGUACGGGCUCAUACUCGUCGAGCAAGGAGAGCCCCCAGGGAAUAUCCUGACAACAUUCUACGCGGUGCUGGCAACACUUCAGGGCAUCGAGUCGCUGUUGCCGAAUUGGCUCGUCUUUGAGAAAGGGAUGAGUGCCGGCCAAGUAUUACAGGCUUUGCAAGUCGAGGUCAUACACGCCGCUGAGGACGAUACGAGCACAGCGCGACCUGGCUACUUUGUCGGCGCAAUUGAUUUGAAGGAGGUAAACUUUUCUUAUCCAACAUCACCAUCGUUGAAGCGCCUUGAUAAAUGUACGCUUUCAAUUCCAGCGGCAGAAUUCACUUUCAUCGUCGGUCGCAGUGGAUCUGGAAAGAGCACCAUUGCCAACCUCAUCUCAAGAACCUACGAGACGGCCAACGAUAGCAUAUACGUUGACGGGAUACCCAUAAAGAGGCUUGAAAAGCAGUGGACGCAGCAGAAUAUUAUGCUUUUGGAGCAGACUCCUGUUGUUUUUAACGACACAUUGUUUCGCAACGUUGUGUUUGGACAAGGCGAUCCAUCUUCGGUCGCAAAUCAUCGCGUUGUGCAAGCAUGCGAAAAGUUUGGACUUGAUUCUACAGUUGCAACCCUGGCUGGCGGAUUGCACGCAAUCAUCGGCGGCAAAGGGUGCCCUUUGAGCGGCGGUCAGCGACAAAGAAUCGCCCUCGCUCGAGCCUACCUCCGAGAUCCCGCGGUGCUAAUUCUGGAUGAGCCUACGUCGGCGCUGGAUCAGCACAGCACGGAGAUGGUUAUGAACGCGAUCAGAGACUGGCGAAGAGGGAGAACUACUGUCAUCAUCUCUCACCACCUGGACAGCAUGCGCCCCGACGAUUUUGUGUACGUGCUGGAUAAGGGCACAGUGACAAAGAGCGGAUUCAAACGGAAUUUGGAGCAUGCCGACUUAGGCGCCUUUCUGACCGAAGCACUGAACGAAGCUAUUAAAGAUAGCGCAGCGAAUCUUCAGAUCAACGUCAUACCUCCCAUUGCAGAAGAUAUUGCUCAAAACUUCGGUUGCCACGGGUAUCAGCAGUCACGAGCGCACGCUCACACGUGGCUGAUGAGCAGAACUCCUUCUUCAAGCUACAGCCAUGCCUCGAUUAUCUCCCCCAGACUCUCCGUCUUGUCGAAUACCGCACGAGUCACGGGCGUGAAUGCCAUGCUCAGACCACCACCGGCUCAGUGCAGCGGUGCCCUUUCUCCGAGCUUGUCGGCCAUGGAUCAACCCUCAGACGCUGCUCGGCUUUCGUCUGUCGUCAACAGGCAAUUUCAAUCGACACCCUGGAAAGCAUCGCUGAAUCCCCACACCAGAGAUAUGCAGCCAUCAUCGCCCCUUCAGAAUGCGCUAGAUUUGGAGACCAUGUCUACUGUCAGUGAGGCGUCGAGGUUUCUCAAGAAGAAGAAGCGCCGGGUUGUCGAGCUCGGCGUAGUGACUAAAAGUCAGAAACGAUCUCGAAACAUGUCUUUCUGGAGCAUCAUUCGAAGUGUCGCACCGGCUCUUGACGGCCCCAACAUUUCGUGUCUUGCCCUUGGCGUCCUCACCACCAUGAUUGGGGCCUUGAGCACACCAGCAUUCUCGUUUUGCCUGGCGAAGCUCCUGGCGGCGAUGUGGUCAACGGGGGACAAGAAUGCGGAAGGAAAGCAGUGGGCUUUUUAUCUAAUCAUUAUUGCCAUUGUGGACGGCGUCUGCGCAGGCUUUGGACGUUAUCUCCUCGAAUCGUCUGCGCAAGCGUGGGUAGACUCGGUCCGGCGCUCUGCCCUCGAAAACAUACUCCAUCAGCCAAAAUCAUGGCUGAUCGACGACAAGAAUUCGCAUACACGUAUCCUCGAGGCGUUUAAUGUGCAUGCCGAAGAGAUGCGAAACAUUGUGGGUCGGUUCGUGCCCAUCAUCGUCUCCGUCGCCACCAUGACUUCUGCGUCUAUUGUCUGGGCGCUCAUCGUCUGCUGGAAUCUGACAUUGAUUGCUCUCGCGCCGCUGCCGCUAAUCAUCAUCGCUCUCAAGACGUAUACGUUUCUGGGCAAGGAAUGGGAAACGAAAUGCUCCAAUGCCGUAGAGCAUGCGGGCCAGAUUCUCGGAGAGGUGCUCACCUUUAGUCGCACCAUUGCCAACUGCGGUCUCGACAAACACUUUGCCGGCAAGUUUGCACAAGCUGGGACUCAGUGCCUUCGGCUUGGAUUCAAGAGGGCCAUCUAUAUAUGUCCCUUGUUUGGGCUGUACCAGGCCUUCAGCUACGCCCUGACCUCGCUCAUGUUUUACUACGGAACUUUGAUCCUCACGCACAGCAACCCCGUGUCUGUUGACAGCGUCUUGCAAGUCAUGAAUCUGCUGCUCUUCAGCAUCGGCACCGCAACGGAGCUGCUCAGCGCCAUGCCGCAGAUCACAAUGACGACGGCCUCUGCGGCGCGCGUUCUAGCCUACACGCAGCUGCCCGACGGGGAGCUGUCGCCAGAGAUUAAAUCCCAAGGCGGCCGGGCGAACCUCUUGCCCAUCUGCAUGCGAAAUCUCACGUUUGCCUACCCUAACCAGGACUGCCGCAACACGCUCGCCAACGUCACACUCGACAUCCUGCCCGGGCAGUGCACCGUUCUCGUCGGCGCCUCGGGUUGCGGCAAGUCGACGCUGCUCUCCCUCAUCCUCGGCCUGCACCGCCCCUCGCCGGAAUUCGCCCUCUCCUAUGCCGACACACCAUUGCCCGUGAUGAACCCGCAGCAGCUCCGCGCCACCGUCGGCUACGUCACGCAGACGCCCUUUCUAUUUCCCACCACCAUUGCCGAGAAUAUCGUCUACGGCCUCGACCGGGCCUCUACGCUGCGGCACCUUAACAACAUCCGCGCCGCCGCGCGCGACGCCGGCAUCGACGAGUUUGUCAUGUCCCUGCCCGAGGGCUACAGCACGGUGGUCGGAGAGGGUGGGACGGCGCUGUCUGGCGGGCAGGCGCAGCGCGUGACAAUUGCGCGGGCGCUGGUGCGCCGCCCCUCACUGCUCGUCAUGGACGAGCCCACCAGCGCGCUAGACCAGGAGAGCGCCGCGGGCAUCCGGGCGUGCAUCGCGGAGCUGGUGGUACGCUGGCGCGCCGAGCGCCGCUCGGCGGCCGUGGUCGUGGCGACGCACAAUGUGGAAAUGAUGCGCGUCGCCGACAUGGUCGUCGUCAUGGACAAUGGGCGCAACGUCGAGCAGGGUGCGUUUGAGGACCUGUGGUUCAACGGCGACGUAUUCAAGCGAUUGGUGCGGCAACACGAAAAUGACCCGAUAUGA